CCACAAGGAAUGAACAGGCCUUAGGCUGUGAUUGGGCUACUGUACUUGAAGGAUCAUUCUUGGUAGCUGCGGGGAACAGGCUUGUAGUGUUGGAGUAAAAGCCAGAAACAAAACAAAAAAAAACCCUGCCAGCAAAACAAAAACAAUAGCAGAAGCAUGAGUGUGGAAGCCAAGUACCGGGCCGCAUCCCUGUAUGUGGGUGACCUCCACGAAGAUGUCACUGAAGAUGUGUUGUUCAGGAAGUUCAACACAGUGGGACCCGUGUUGUCCAUCCGCAUCUGCAGGGACCUGGUUUCCCGUCGUUCCCUAGGCUAUGCCUAUGUCAAUUUUCUCCAGCUGGAUGAUGCCCAGAAAGCCCUAGACACCAUGAACUUUGAUUUGAUCCAAGGCAAAUCCAUACGUCUCAUGUGGUCUCAACGGGAUGCAUACCUGAGGAAAUCAGGAAUCGGGAAUGUGUUUAUUAAGAAUCUGGACAAAUCCAUUGAUAACAAAACCUUAUAUGAACACUUCUCACCGUUUGGGAAGAUCCUGUCCUCCAAGGUGAUGAGCGACGAAGAAGGCUCCAGGGGCUAUGGCUUCGUGCACUACCAGGACCAGAGCGCAGCAGACAAAGCCAUUGAGGAGAUGAAUGGGAAGCUGCUGAGGGACUGCUCAGUGUUUGUGGCCAGAUUCAAAAGCCGGAAGGAUCGGGAGGCUGAACUCCGAAGCAAAACCAGCGAAUUCACUAAUGUGUACAUCAAAAACUUUGGCGAGGAUAUGGACGAUGAUCGGCUUAAGGAACUGUUCGGCAAAUACGGCCCAACUUUGAGCGUCAAGGUGAUGAAAGAUGCCGACGGGAAGUCCAAAGGCUUCGGCUUUGUGAGUUUUUAUAGUCACGAAGCUGCCAAAACUGCAGUUGAAGAAAUGAAUGGACAGGAUAUAAACGGGCAGACGAUUUUUGUAGGCAGAGCUCAGAGGAAGGUAGAACGCCAGGCUGAGUUAAAGGAAAAGUUUGAAGAGAUGAAAAAGGAAAGAAUCCGUGCACGCCAAGCGGCGAAGCUCUACAUUAAGAACCUGGAUGACAGCAUCGAUGACGAAACACUGCGCAAGGAAUUUUCUUCCUUUGGGUCCAUUUGCCGAGUUAAGGUGAUGCAGGAAGCAGGGCAGAGCAAAGGGUUUGGCUUGAUCUGCUUCUUCUCUCCAGAGGCAGCUGCUAAAGCAAUGGCUGAGAUGAAUGGCCGCGUCCUGGGCUCCAAACCCCUCAACAUUGCCCUGGGUCAGAAGCACUGAACCACAACAAAAAGUCCUACCUCUCCAAUUUGAGUAGCAGCUAGGAGAACAGUACUGCUCUCCACUUGUAGGGUGCUAGAAGGGUAAGCUUCAAAACUAAACGAGGUGGCUGCUUAAUCCAUUGCACUUGUGCAAGGAAUUGUAUACAAGCAUUUCUUGUGUGUGUAUGAAAAUGCAAAUGCGUGUUAGAGGCUUGGUUUGUUUUACAGGUUGCAUCCUCAAAUUAAAAAAAAAUAUGUUUCCUUAUUUUCUAAUAUUCACAACCGUUUAAUUGGUUACAUUUUACUGUUUUGAACCAAAUACUUGUAUUUCUUUUGAUAAUGUUGCAAGCUUUAAUUUCUCCUAUGAAAAAGUGCCCCAAACAAAUUUAAUGAUAUUUUAUUUUUUACCAAGAGGGAUUUUAACGUUUUUCAUGGAAGCAUUUUUCUUUUUCUUUUUUGAACAACUCAAAAAUUUAGAAAUUGCUAAUCAGAAAUCAGUGAAAUACUAAAUUGCACUUUUGACUUAAUGUUUAUAAUAGUGUUAAUAUACACACGUACAUACAUACAAACACAUAUAUUGGUGUGUUUCGUUUUCAAAUAGUCUACAUUAAGGUGGUGGUAGUGAAAAUUUUUAUUUUGGGCUACAUUUUAUGUGUCUUUACUGAAAUCUGAGUGUCUUUAUUUUCCUGUCUAAUUGUUCUUAUAUAGUAAAGCUUUACUUUUCAUAUUUCCUCAUUUUAUGUUUCCUCAUAUAUAUAAAACCUAUAUCUAUGCAGCUGAUGGACACCAGCACUUCUUAAAUCCCAUCACACCCAUGCAAUUCAUUGUGAUGGGUUUUCAUUAGAGGCUUAUGUUAUAGAAGUCAUGUCUAUGCAAUCCAGCAACAAACCCCAAAGAAAAGUCAAUGUUUUAAAAAACAUUCUUCAUGUCAUAUUAAUCUACCCCAGGGUUCAGAAAAUAAGUGCCUUAUUUUAUCAAAUUCCACCUCCUUUGAUUAGACUGCAAAGCCUGUGUUAGCUGGUGGAUCUUCUUUUGGCCCUGGUUGGUGUUCUAGCAAAAUGAAGUUAUGUCAUUUGGUCUGGUUUUUACAUGUGUUUUAUUUUGAUGCUCGUCCCAUGUGACUUCUCUCUUCUGUCCAUCAACAUUACCAGCUAAUUCUCAGAUAUUUUUUAUAAAGGUAUUUUCAUAUUGGCUUUUCAUAUGUACUACCUCAAGACCAUUUGAAAAGAAAGGUAAUAGUUUUUUAUUUGGAAUUUACUAAUUACCUUUAAAAUGUUAGCCAUUCAUACCAAAGGUGUACAAGGCUUUGUUGGUACUGUUGUCUUUUGCUUUUCAUUUUUGUCUUGAUAUUUUUGUUCUUUUUGGAUUGUUUCAUCACUUCGUAUUACCAUUUAUUACAUCCUUUUACUGCAUAUGUUAAUAGUAUGUACUCUUCAUUGACAAUACUCUGUGAAUGAGAAAAAUCUCAUUUUGUUUUUAUAAGUCAUAUAUAUAGAUGUUAUAUUGUUUGCACAUUUUCUGAUAUGAAUGAGAGAAAAAUUGAGAAUAAAAGUAACAAAACUUUUGCAGAAACAUUCUGCUGAAAUACACUGCAUAUUGUUCCUUACAUUUUAUGUGCAUACUAACAGGGGGUUUAGAAAAGGUAACAUCAACAAUUUUGUUUGCAAUAACUUUUUGAUUUGAUGUCAUGGAAUGAUAAAAUUUAACAUGCUCAAGAAAUUAUUUACAUAUUAUUUUGAGUUUUAAAUUUUGCCAAUGAGAUUUCCAUGAUUACUGAAUUCUUUUU